GCCUUGUUAUUAUUUGAAUGUGCUCCUUGCCCCUAGCUUAGCUUCAUUCUCAAAUCAACUGCCUACACUUUCCGAUAAUCCCAUUACAAUAAUCAUGUCUUCUUCAAAUAAUCACAUAACAUGUAUUAUAGUCCUAUCUCUCAUCACCAAACCUCAAUCAUUCGAUACUUUUUCUAAUGUUCCUUGUUAUUAACCAAUCCUCAAUUUCACUCCCUAACCUCUACUAAAUCACACCAUAUUUAUCUGGAAAGUAAGUUAAGUUUCAUUUCUCCCACCAAACUUCAAACCUUGUAUUCGAUAUUUCUAUGUCAUGGACCGACACAUAGAUGAACAUCACGAGUGUGAGAGCCAAACGCCUACUAGGAACAUAAUUUUCGGAAAGUACGAGGUUGGAAGGCUCCUAGGCCAGGGCACAUUUGCCAAGGUCUACUAUGGAAAAAAUGAUGCGACGAAUGAAAACGUGGCAAUAAAAGUGAUCAGCAAAGAGCAGGUGAGAAAAGCAGGGAUGGUGGAAGCAAUUGAGAGAGAAAUCUCGGUUAUGAGAUUGGUUCGGCACCCAAAUGUGGUCGGCCUUAAAGAGGUCCUAGCUACCAAGGGAAGAAUAUAUUUCAUCAUGGAAUACGUCAAGGGAGGUGAACUAUUCUCCAAAAUAGCCAAGGGAAGACUCAAGGAGGAAUAUGCAAGAAAGUAUUUCCAACAACUUAUUAGUGCCAUCGAUUAUUGCCAUAGUCGCGGGGUGUCACACCGCGAUCUUAAGCCAGAAAACCUUCUCCUAGACGAGAAUGAAAACCUUAAGGUUACCGAUUUCGGGCUGUCGGCUUUGCCGGAGCACCUUAGGCACGAUGGCCUGCUACACACCCAAUGUGGGACUCCCGCCUAUGUUGCCCCGGAAGUGUUAACGAAAAAGGGUUAUGACGGAGCGAAGGCGGACAUUUGGUCUUGCGGAGUAAUAUUGUUUGCUUUACUUUCAGGGUAUUUACCAUUUCAGGAUGUUAAUAUGAUGAAGAUGUAUCGGAAGAUAUUCAAGGGUGAAUAUGAGUUUCCUCCUUGGUUCCCUCCUGAUGGUAAGCGCCUUGUUUCGAAGCUGUUAGUGGUUGACCCUAAUCGAAGGCUGUCUAUUCAGGGGAUCAUGAGGCAACCUUGGUUUCGAAAGGAUCCUUUGUCGUCUUAUCUGCCUCAACCCCUACAAGUCCCCGAUCAUCAGGACCCUAAAGUAGCAUCACCGCGAUUUUUCAAUGCUUUCGAGUUCAUAUCAUCGAUGUCAUCAGGGUUCGAUCUGUCCAGCUUAUUCGAGAAUAACAAGAAAUCGGGGUCUAUGUUUACCUCCAAGUGCUCUGCCUCGGCUAUUAUGGCAAAAUUUGAAGGCUUGGCUAAGAAAUUGAAUCUUCAAGUGAGUUCGAAGGAGUUUAAAUUGAAGAUGCAGGGGAGGGAAGAGGGGAGGAAAGGGAGGUUGCUAAUGACGGCGGAGGUGUUCGAGGUGGCGGCCGAGGUCACGGUGGUAGAGUUCUCAAAGUGUUCAGGGGAUACACUUGAGUAUGUCAAGUUUUGUGAGGAGGAUGUAAGGCCUGCUUUGAAAGAUAUUGUGUGGAGUUGGCAAGGGGAAACCAACUGCCAACUUAACUGUAAUUCAUAAUUCAAUUUUAAUUUUUGGGAAAUGGGAGUAUGAGUAUGUGAUAAUCACAAUAGGUGAGUGUAAUUCUUAAAAUACUUCACUUGUUUAUGAUUGGGGUGUCAUGUUUUUUUUGUAAAAUAUGAAAUCCUACUUGGUAUGAUUUAAUGAUCUAGAACUAGAAUGUAGUAAGUGUUGAUAUUCAUGAUUCAUCCCCCUCUUACUCAUGUAAUAGGUGUCUGGUAAGAGCUCCCAAAAGGUUCAGACUCCAUAUUGUAAUAUUGUUCUUAAUCAUGCAUAUAACUUUAUGCUUA